CCAUGCCCUCCGCGACGCACCCCACGCUCGCCGCCGCGCUCGAGACGCUCGAGACGCAGUGCGAGCUCAGCGCCGACACGCUGCGCGCCAUUGCCGCGCGCUUCCGCGAGCGCCUCGUGCACGGCCUGUCGCAUGACGGCGCCAACAUGGCCUGCAUCCCGAGCUUCGUCACGGGCGUGCCCGACGGCUCGGAGAAGGGCACCUACCUCGCCCUCGACCUCGGCGGCACCAAUUUGCGCUGCUGCCAGGUGAAGCUGUCGGGCGGCGGGCAGUUUACGAUGAAGCAGGAGAAGUACAAGGUCUCCGACGCGCUCAAGACGGGCCCGGCGCACGACCUCUUCGCCUACAUCGCCAAGUCGAUUGGCACCUUCCUCAAGGACUACGGAGACCAGGAGGAGUGCGCCAAUGCCACGCGCGAGGACCCGCUGCUCGUCGGCUUCACCUUCAGCUUCCCCGUGGAGCAGACUGCGAUCGACCGCGGCACGCUGAUCAAGUGGACAAAGGGCUUCAACUGCCCCGAUGCGCCGGGCAUGGAGGUCGUGAGCCUGCUGCAGUCGUGCAUCGACGAGGCCGGCAUCCCGGCGCGCGUCAAUGCACUCGUCAACGACACUGUCGGCGCACUGCUGGCGCACGGCUAUCAGCAGGGCGGCGCGCUGAUUGGCGGCAUCUUCGGCACGGGCACCAACGGCGCCUACGUCGAGUCCGUCGAGCGCAUCCAGAAGAUGAACCCGGAGUUUGCGCACGGCGAGAGCACGAUGAUCAUCAACACCGAGUGGGGAGGCUUUGACGACGAGCGCGCCGCGCUGCCGAUCACGCUGUUCGACAAUGUCGUCGACCGCACGUCGAUCCGGCCACGGCAUCACGCGUUCGAGAAGAUGAUCAGCGGCAUGUACCUCGGCGAGCUGGUGCGGGCGGUGCUCAUCCAUCUCAUCGACUCGCUGCACCUCUUCGACGGCUACUCGUCCGACGCGAUGAACGAGCAGUACGCCUUCGACACGGCGUACGUCUCUGCCGUGCUUGACGACAAGGCGCCCGAGGCGCCCAGCUCGCCGACGCGCGCCGUGAUCCUGCAGACUAUGGGCAUGAAGAAGGAGCACGUGUCGGACCAGGACCUCAAGACGGUCAGGCGGGUGUGCGAGAUUGUGGGCCGGAGAGCAGGCAGAUUGAGCUCGGUGGCUAUCGCUGCCGUGAUCCAGCACACGGGCCACGACCAGCGGCCGCAGAAGGAGAGCAUCGACGUGGGCGUUGACGGCAGUGUGUACGAGCAUCUGCCGCACUUUGAGGAGUGGCUGCGGGAAGGCCUGCGGGACCUGCUGGGCGAGGAGAACGAGAAGCGCGUCAAGAUCGACCUGGCCAAGGACGGCUCGGGUGUUGGAGCUGCUCUCUGCGCGCUGCAAGCAAAGAAGCAGGCGGACCGGGCACACGCCCGCCGGCAGACGAUGUGAGGCGCAGACGCACUGGACGAGAUGAAGAGGGAACCUGGAGCUUCCAAUCACGACAAGAAGCGGUGUGCGGCAGCUAUCCGCACGCUGGCAGAGACACACUGUCUGCGCAAGGGGA